GACACUUGUUGCUCUUUGAAAUUACGCUAAAGGAAUUUCAUUCCAUUUUACAUUCCAUUCUGUUUGCAUUUACUACUCGUUAAUAUGAGUAAACCAGUCGCAGAUAUUGCCCUGAUAGGUUUGGCUGUCAUGGGCCAAAACUUAAUUCUUAACAUGAAUGACCAUGGAUUUGUUGUAUGUGCAUAUAAUCGUACAACAGAUAAGGUCAAAUCUUUCUUACAAAAUGAAGCAAAAGGUACAAAAGUUAUUGGUGCUUACUCAUUAAAGGAAAUGGUAGAGAAGUUAAAAUCCCCAAAGAGAGUAAUGCUUCUAGUUAAAGCUGGUGUUGCUGUGGAUGCAUUUAUUGAACAACUGGUUCCUUUAUUAUCACCUGGUGAUAUUAUAAUUGAUGGCGGUAAUUCUGAAUAUCAGGAUACUGACAGGCGAACUAAAGACUUAGAGAAGAAAGGAAUUUUGUUUGUUGGUAGUGGAGUAAGUGGAGGUGAAGAAGGUGCUAGGUAUGGUCCAUCUUUGAUGCCAGGUGGAAACCCAAAAGCUUGGCCACAUAUUAAAAAUAUCUUUCAGUCAAUCUGUGCAAAAGCUAAUGGAGAACCCUGCUGCGAUUGGGUUGGAGAAACAGGUGCCGGGCACUUUGUAAAAAUGGUACACAAUGGUAUUGAAUAUGGUGAUAUGCAACUUAUUUGUGAAGCAUACCACAUUAUGCGAAAUGGCUUGAAACUGAAUCCAGAGGAGAUGAGUCAAGUCCUUGAUGAUUGGAAUAAAGGAGAACUGGAUUCUUUCCUAAUUGAGAUCACUCGUGAUAUUCUUAAAUAUAAGGAUGAGAAAGGCUAUUUGCUUGAACGAAUCAGAGAUACUGCUGGUCAGAAGGGAACUGGAAAAUGGACAGCUAUUGCUGCUUUAGAUUAUGGAGUUCCUGUAACUCUGAUUGGAGAAUCAGUCUUUGCGAGAUGUCUUUCUGCUUUGCAAAGUGAAAGAGUAGAUGCAAGUACCAUAUUGAAAGGCCCAGAUACAACGUACCAAGGUGACAAGAAACAGUUCCUAGUGCAUUUAAAAAAUGCUCUUUAUGCAUCCAAAAUUAUUUCCUAUGCCCAAGGAUUUAUGUUACUAAGAGAAGCUGCCAAAAUUCACAACUGGAAUUUGAAUUAUGGUGGUAUAGCACUUAUGUGGAGAGGAGGAUGUAUUAUAAGAAGUGUCUUCUUAGGAAAUAUAAAAACAGCAUUUGAUAAAAAUCCGAAACUCUCAAAUCUGUUGCUGGAUGAUUUCUUUGCCAGUGCAAUGAAGGAAUGUCAAGCGAGUGCUAGAGUAGUAGUAUCCAAUGCUGUACAACUUGGCAUACCAACACCUGCUUUAUCAACUGCACUAGCUUUCUAUGAUGGCUUUAGAACCGCCCGACUCCCAGCAAAUUUGCUGCAAGCACAACGGGAUUACUUUGGUGCUCAUACUUAUGAACUCCUUGGUCAAGAAGGAAAAUUUGUACAUACGAAUUGGACGGGACAUGGUGGUAAUGUCUCUGCCUCCACAUAUGAUGUGUAAAGAUCAUUAAAUCUACAUAUUUUUAUAAUAUUUUAUGAUGAGAGAAUGUGUAUUUGGUAUGCAGUUGAAGUUAAUGUUACAGUUGACAGAUAUUAUAAUAUACGUUAUACAGUCUAAUGUAUAAAUGGUUGUGAAACAGUGUUGGGAAAAUGUUUAUAUUGAAAAAAAAUUUUUAUUUACAAAAAAUACAUCAUAUAUUUCCAAAUG